AUGGCCCACAUCAAAGCUACCACCAACAUCAGCAUCACCAUCCACACCAUCAAAAUCCACACCAGCUGCCAUAUUGUGAAGUUUGCAGACGAUACAGCGGUGGUGGGACGCAUCACCAACAAUGGAAACAACUUGAACCUUGACUGUAACUGUGACUAUGAAACGAUAUUUUGCCAGUUUGAGGCAGAAAACUGCUCUGAAUACAGUUUGACCAUCGAGAAUGACUAUGAUCACAAGUGAGUGGAUUGCCCUCCUCAGCAGUGUAACAGUGAUAAAUGCUGCUGCUCUAAAGACUUUUCUACUGUUAUAAACGAGAAAUUCACAGCAACAGUCAGGAGAGAAAGCAAAGUGGUGGAGGUGAAAAUGUGCAACACCACAACGAGCUUUAAACCUCCGACUCCAACACUCGUCUCAGUGGUUGAAUCCAAUGGAAACGUGGAAGUCAGGUGGAAAACAAACAUGAUGAAGUAUCUUGAUGAUUCUAUUAAAGCUGAAGUGACCUUUUAUAAAGAAGGAGACACAAAGAAGGUUCCCAAACUCAUCAUCCCAGCUAUGGAUAAGGAUUUGCAGUACUAUGCAAUAAGCGGUCAUGAAUUGGAUUCAGCUACAAUGUACGGGAUCAGAGUGAGAAGCUUCGCAGGCUGGAAUGAGAAGUUCAGUGACAGCAGCAAUGAGCUGCUUAUUAAAACCUCUGGCUCCUCUGACUCCCUGGUCUUGGCUCUCACUCUUGGCCUCAGUGUUUUUGCAGCCCUCCUGUGUGGUACCAUCUUCUACUGUUAUAAAAAGGCCAAGAGAAAGUGGUGGGACACAUAUUUAGAACCAAAGGUGACCGUGACGCAUCUAAAAGUGCCAGUGGUCUUAACACCUGUGCCACUCAAACUGUCCGUCUGUGUUACAGAAGAAGAAAUGUCAAAGAAGCAAGAGGCUGCUGCCAUCAAAGACGAUCAGCGAAUGUCUUCUGAAGUUCCUGUUGCUGUUCAGAACAUCUUGGAACUUUUGCCUUUACUUAAAGAACCCCUUUCACCUAGCCACGGUUCUGGAUCGUCUGACAUUUUGAAUCACACCUACUCUCUGCUCUUACCCAACUGCUCUGGUCAGAAGACUGAAACGCUUUCUGGCUCUGCAUGCUCCUCUAACGCGAGCGACAUAGUGAACGAUCCUGACCGACUGGCUCGUCUGUUUCCUGUACUACAGCAUAGUUCAUCUCUUAUGCCAACAAACACGUCACAUCAUCCGAGCACCGCAGAUCCUUCUCGGAGAGUUUCUCACGCGGACAGCUCCAUCUUUAGCAGCACCAACACGAGUCCCUCUGGCCUGCUGAAGAGCGUUGUUAAGGGAAACUUUGAGAGGUCCUGUGAGACAGCUGUCAAACUGGAAAACCCUUUCUACAGCUGUGUGCCCACAGGGUCACACCAGUUUCUUACAAUGAAGGAUGGUUACCAGCCGGUUCCAAGCAAAAUAGAGCCGUCUGAUGCUCUGUACUCAGAAAAGCCAAGUGGUUAUCCCACGCAUGUUUUAAACAAGUGUCCAGGAGAAACAUUUCCCAAGAUCCCUCAGCCCUGCUUUAACCCCUUCAUUCCUGGUUUAAUCAACAAUACCCUGAAUUCUCAGUUUUACCCGGAACUUCUGGCUGACAAUACUAUAAAAGUAAUCAGCGACUAUCACAGCGUGUAG